CCCUGCCUCCAAAGGAAGGGACUCCGUGGGCGCCACCGCAGGGCGAUGGAGGGGAUGAGAGCUCCACGCCAAAACAUGAAGCUGAAAAACAAUGACGGACUCCGCUUUGUUCGGAGCAGCCAACGUCAGCGGAGAGGAGAGGAGAGAACGAAGGGAAGCACACCUGUCGAGCAUGUGCCAUGGACAAGCGACACGAACAGCAAGGCAGGAAAUGGAAGGAGGGACGGACGGACAUGGAACGACAUGUGCUGCACUUCCACUGUCGAAUGACCUCGCGCAUCCGCGCAACAGCGGGAACUGUAAGCUGUCGACCGGGCUUUGCAACCGGUGCGCGCAUGGGGCAUUUGAACCUCCGAGGUGCAGGUUGUGGGGCAGUCAGUGACUCGUGUUCUUGAUCGGAACAUGCGUGCGCGCGCAGUAGCACCCAAGCUCUCGUCCUUCUUCUCGGUGGCAGGGCAGGGCAGGGCGGGGCGGAGUCGAGCCGAGUAUGAAUAACGAAUGACGAGGAACGGCACGCGCAAUCGAUCGAUCCAUCGAAGGAUCGACUCGGCAAUUCAGAUCAAGAAAAUGUUUGGACAUGUGCAGUGAUUGAUCGAGCGAGCGGCGGAGAUGCAGGUCGGAGAGGCACAACGUGCAGACGAGGAAGGGGAAGGGGCAGAGGAAGAGGAAGAAAGAAUCGGGGACCAGAGUUUGAUCAGCAGGUGAAUGAGCGCGCAAUGGCCAAAGGAAGCCUGCCGAGGGCUCUGGGGUGCAGUAGUAGCAGCAGGCGGGCGUUCUCGAAGACCGGGAGUUGCGGAUCAUGAGGCCCGAUGCAUCCAUCCAUCGGCCUCAGGCAAGAUGCUUCUGUGACGCAGUGCUGGAGGCCGCGGGCCCGAAGCAGGCUCGGUGUUGUUUUUUGGGUGUCUGGAGUGUAGGGAUGGUGGUUUUGGUUUUUGGGAGGAAUUUGCUGGAAAGAGAGGGUUGCUUGCAGUAGUCGGAGGUUAGCCUCGGGGGCUUUCAAGCAGGGCGGGCAGGAUGGCCGAUAAGGGAGGAGCUGCGAAGGUUCUGUCGGUGCAGGACUGGGAGCAAUUGAUGUCGGAAUUUAGGAUUUCGACAGAUCUGCAGAGGAAAUGGUUGAAUUUAUGGCCGGGGCUUUCGUUGGUCGAACAUGCCCUGCAGACUAUCACGAGAAAGGAAUUUGCCAUCAAAGCGCAGCUGCUGGUCUUCAUCGAAGAGAACUCGGAAGUUCUCCUUGGAUCCGAUAUCGCACCGGGCAUGGGAACCAUCUUAGACCAUUUGCGUAGUGUUUUGCAAGCUCCCGUUGAUGGAGUGAUAAUUAUCAGCUCUUUGAAGGAGCACAUGAUGGUGAUGGCAACAACCGUGGCCAUAGUCUCCGAUGUGCUUCACUCUGCGCUGGAGAAGUUGGAAGUUUUGGUGGAGCUCUUCCUCGUGUACAUAAAUCGGCCGAAUCAUACCCCAGACCGACAGCUGAGAGGAUUAGCAUGCGAUUGCUUAAGGGAGCUGGAAAUGGCGUACCCUUGCUUACUGUAUAGUUGUGUAGGGCAGGUUCACCUUCUGUGUAUGAACGAGAGGACUCAUGUCGGCCAGAAUUACAUUCUUCUUCUCACGACAAUCAUGGAAAACCUCUCUUGUAAAAUGUACACAGAGCGGUCAAAAUCGAACAACUACUUGCCAAUUCUUCAAAGUGCAGCCCCUCUGGUUCCAUACUCUGUGCCAUUCUUCCUGGUAAAAUCCACUCCCGGAAAGGAGGUUGCUUCCAUACCAGCUCGAGAUCUCACACCAGGUAACCUGAAGGAGUUCCGCAAAGUGGUGGCUUUUUUAUGGGAGCGCCCCCAGCUCCUCACCACAGUCGGGAUGCUUGAGUUCGUGUCAAGCUUGAUUAAAAUCUACAAGUCACUCGGUCUUUCCGGCUCUUUGCUAAAGCACCACUUUUCGAGUCUUCUCCAUAGCUAUAGUCCCGUUCUUUGUCACAUAGUUCUUUCCAUCUACAGUAAUUUUAUUGAGUCAUUUGAUGGCGAUGAAGGAGCCAUAUUGCGAAGGCUUAUCUCAUUGUCUAGGGAGAACUCACAAUCUCUUCCAUUUCGUCUGUUGGGUGUCCACUGGCUCCUUGGAAUUGAUGCUCUUCACAGUCGGCAACGAAAGUUGUCAAUACUAGCUCCCUUCGCCAAAGGACUUUACCCUCAGGUGUUUGAUCCCCUUUCUUUGAAAGCAGCAAAGCUGGGAGCUCUUGCUCAAUGCGCAGUUGCCAUUGACAAACAGAAGGCAUCCGUCGAGGCUAAUGGCAACACCGACGUGGAAAUCAAUUCAUCGAGCAAGAUGUUGACUGAAGUUCUGCUCUCUGUUUCGUCUUACACCUGGUUGCCACCUUGGAGUACCGAGACCAGGCUUGCAUUCCACAUUUUCCAUAGGUUUCUCACAGUGGCCGUUCCACACUCAAGAAGCAAGGCACACAGCACCGAUCUGGCUACUUUCACCCAAUCCUCGUUGUUUCAGACGCUACAGGGAAUCUUCGUAGAUUUGGCCACAAAAAAGCGAAAAUUGGUGCCCAGUAUUCUGGCUCUUCUGGAUCGCCUUAUGGCCUGUGAAGUCCACCGCAAACUUGGCGAGACUCUUCUUCGAGCCUUCAACGAAAAGCUGCUGCCGAUUUUGAAGGCGGAUAGUCACCUGCCUUCGUACUUUCCUCUCCUGGAAAACAUCGCGGAAAACAGCGACAUACCUCCUGGUGCUCUUGUUGAGAAACUGACAGUCUACAUCAAGAAGAAAGUCGAAGAAAGUGGUCCUGACGAUGACUGUUUAGUGUGGGGCCGAGCUGUUCAAGUACUGGGAAUAUGUCGGACUGUCCUACUGCACCAUCGGAGCUCUAGAUGUUUUCACACUCUCGGUCAGCUCUUGGGGUUCCUCUGCCUCUACUUCCCCGACGUCGAAGUACGCGACACGGCGAGACUGUACCUGCGGAUGCUCAUCAGCAUACCAGGAAAUAGGCUGCGGGGCAUUCUGAAUUACGGAGACGAACGGGUGGAAGAAGCCAGUGCACCACAGCUAUCGACAUUUUCCUCGUUUCUGAGAUCCCCGUCUCCGCCAUCGUACCAGGGCCACAGGCAAUCGCCUCUGGUCGCGGCCUACAUCCACCUCAGGAGAGUCACAGCAUUGCUCGUCCGCCAUUCGUGGUCGCUGGUGCUGUACGAUGUGUUCCAGGCCAAGAGCACAGGAGCUCUCGAUGAGCAAACGGGCGACUCGUCCGGGGCAUCUAAGAAGAUCGUCGUCAAAAAGGACAAGGACAAGGAUAAGGACGGGGACGGCUCGGCGACCGACGCCCUGGUCCCGGUUGGAGGGCCGCUGGUUGUCCCUCAGGGGCGGUCCAAAUCGUCGGCCCUGCGGGUCAUGGAUAGUCGCACGUCGGAGAUCAUUCUGACCCUGAGGACGCAUUUUGGAGAGAUUCCGGAUUUUUUGAGCGGGCCGGGCCUCAAGAUCUCCGUGCCCUGCUCGCUCGUGUUCCAGGGGGACACUCGGCACAAAGUUCUGGGCGACUCGGAGCCGUCGUCGUCGUCGUCCCCGGAAGGGCUCGUCGCGUCCUCGAGCCCGUUCUCGAGCCUGUCGGAUUCCUGGCCUGCCAUCUACGCCGUCGUCAUAACGUUCUCAACGACGGGCCUGUACGGCCCCAUUCCCAAGGUCCGGGUCCCGUUCCUUCUGAGCGAACCGCCCGAGAAGAGUCGGCAGAGUCCCGUGAAGCGCAGUUCCUCGGUGAGCGACUCGGACCGCAAAGGCAAAGUCAAGUCCCGCAUCGAAGACAACGGCCAUCUCCUGAAGGACGUGGGGGAUGCCGACGCGGCGCUGGUUGUGGCCGGGGCCGCGGCUGCCGAGCCAGCCCCGACGUUUCACGAGCUCGUCGUACUGCGACUGGAACCGCGCCAACCCGUUCCGACGCUGGUCGACGCCUACGUUGUAUUCAGCGAUGAGGACGGGCACGGGGUCCAAGGGCGCCUGGACAGCGUACCCAUCGGCAUCGAGGACCUGUUCGUGAAGCCGCCGCUGCCCGCGGACGUGGUAAGCCCGGAGGGCGAACGGGAGUACCUGCUGGCGCUGUACCACGCCCUGUGGGAGGCGUGCAGCGGGCCGGGCCGCCUGGGCACCGAGACCUUCUCCCUACAGGGAGGCCUGAACGAGGUGGUGAUUGAGGGCUCGGAGUCCGUCAAGCUCAUCGAGGCACAAGUCGACCGCGUGGUCGGGGCCGUGGAACACCACCUGGCGCGGUUCGUGGUCGCAGUCAACGGCGACUCGCUGGCCGCCAUGACCAAGGACGGCGGCAUGUCCAACGACGUAGUUUGGGAGGACGUCGGCAGCCCGGUCAAGUCCCCCGGCGGCGGUGGGUCGGAAGUAGGAUCCCCUCAGAAGAACGCCAACAAUCAGUUGGCUCUGCAGUUCGAUCCCCGCGAUCCCAAUUUCGGUCCCCCGGAUGAGAGUAGUAAUAACGGGUUGGGCAAUUUUCUCGUCCUCAUUUUUCUGCCUCCCCGGUACCAUUUGCUUAUGCGCAUGGAAGUCGCAGACUACUCCACAUUGGUGCGAAUUCGAACCGAUUAUUGGCCAUGCCUGGCGCAUGUGGAUGAAUUUCUGGAAGCUCUCACGACGGCACGAUAGCCUGCCCGUUCAUUUUUUGCUCCUGUGCUUGUAAUAUUAAGCGUGAUGACGAUACAGACCCACUUUGGAUCCCCCCAUGGUGUGCAUGCCUUUGGACCGCUAGCUACCGCCGGGUGCCAUGGAGAGCGUAUCCAAAGUCUGACUGAUUCAUGCUCUGUUUGGCACCUGUUUGCGUGCCGGACGAUCUGAAGCUGUGCACAUUUUCUCCAUGUUUCUUGCGUUUCGGAGUCCAUUAACCACUUCGCAGAUGCUGCCCAUGCUGCCCAUCUGCAAGCAGUUCCAAAGCGAACAUUCUUCUUGAGAUUUUUCCUGUAUCUGAACGAAAAAAUGCACUCUACUGAUCUGCUUCGUGGCUGACCAAACGUCUAGCGGCGACGGUGGGGUGACGUCCAUGGAUAUAAUCUCCUUUGAACAGCUUUUACCGCACAGAGAAUACGCCUCACAUCCGGGCCCCAGAUUUUGAUCAUCUGCACGAUCCUCGACGUAUGGACGUAAAAGUUUUUAACCUGACGGCGCGCCAAGGCAGUUCCUUUACCGAAAUGGAAGUUCCACACAAACCUCUCGAGAGGAUUUGAGGAAAAGGAACUGAUAGAUAGCGAGAUGAAGUUUUCACUGGGAAAGCCACGAUGUACUCUUCCUCAGAUUGUGCUAUCAAACGAGAGAAGGCUAUUUCCGAGCUUGAUCGGGUGAUGAAAUACGCUUAGCCGUAUAAAACCUUCGACUUUUCUGCCACUCUGUUUUCGAGAAUCUCUAAAUCCCUGCGGUAUAAACGAUCAAAUCGAACACGGUGUAAGCUUUACCUGCGAGUGUAAACCACAAUAAUGUUAACGAAACGUGCUCUUCAGCACUGCACGGAUUUUACCUUUGCAGUUGCGUGCGUUUCCGCAUGCGUUGGAACACUUGGUCUUCCCAAUACUCGUUCUCCCUUCGUAAGAAAGUUACUUGCUCCGUCCGUGCACGUACAUCGGCUGUGAGUUGAAUUUCUAUCCUCUUGAUGUCGCCCUUGGCGUGUUCUAAUGCUGCUUCUGCUUUCUCCACCUUCUUCGAGUUCGAGGCAAUUUCGUGAAUCACUUCCUCUUUCGUGGACAUCAUCUUUUGUCGUUUCUCCUCCUCGGCCUCAAUCGCCGCAUCGAUUUCCGAAAUUUGCCUCUUUCUUUCGGAACUACUUCUCUGG